UAUGUACCUUAGAAUCGUACUUAGAAUACACUUUCCCUGUUCCUAGUGGUCUUCAUGACAUGAAUGUUGUCAACGAGGAACACCAACCAUAACCAGCAGCUCGGUGAACUCAAAUGCUUCUGAGGAAGUCUCCUCUUUUCCUCAGAAAACUUUCCUCGUUAACUACUUCUCUCAAAUGGAGAAACCAAGUCAAGCAAAACCAGCUCGUUUCCCAAAUCUCCUCCAUUCUGUUACAGAGAAAUAAUUGGAUUCCGCUUCUCCGUCAGUUGAAUCUCUCUCUCAUCCUAACACCCAAUCUCUUCAUCCAAAUCCUUUGCAAAACCAAAGAAAAGCCGGAAAUCUCUUUGGAUUUCUUCAAUUGGGCCAAAACAAAUGUGGGGUUCGAACCAGAUCUCAAGUCUCACUGUAAAAUUAUCCAGAUUUUAGUAGAAUACCAGCUUCUAAAACCUGCUAGACCUCUCUUCGAUUCUAUAAUUCGAUCCGAACCGGCGUCAGAUGUUUUCGAUUCGAUGGUCGAAGCAUGUAAAGAAAAUUAGGGUUCUUGGGUAUGUGCCUUCUACCCGCAGCUGCAACGCUUUGCUUGAUGCCUUACAGCUGACGGACGAUGUAAAACUGGCGUGGAAGUUUUACGCUGCUGCUGUUCGUAGCGGAAUUAUACCGGAUUCCUUUUCCUGGUCUUUGAUCGUUCGGCUUCUUUGCAGAGAAGGGAAUCUCAAGAGCGCGGUAAGAUUGUUGAACUUGGGCAUCUAUAGUGCUGCAAUAUAUAAUCUAAUCAUUGAUUGUUACUGUAAAAAUGGGAACUUUAGCACUGCGGUUGAUCUGUUAAGUGAGAUGCACAGUAAGAAUCUCACUCCUGGUUUUGGUACUUAUAGCUCAAUCCUGGAUGGGGCAUGUAAAUUCGGAGAUGCUGGAGUUAUUGAGAUGAUAACUAGGGAUAUGGUUGCCAGGAAAUUGCUUCCAGCGGUUCCUUCCUCCAAUUAUGAUCAAAUUAUUCAGAACCUUUGCUCCUUAGGAAAGAUCUAUGCAGCUGAAAUGUUCUUUGACAAAGCUAGGGAUGAGAAAAUCAAAUUACGUGAUGCUUCGUGUGGGUGCCUUUUGAAGGCAUUUUCUAAGGAUGGAAGAGUGAAAAAAGCCAUCUCGAUGUACAGCACAAUCUCAGAAAGAGGCAUCACAGUUGAUCGUAGUAGUAUUUUUGCACUUGCUGAUUUAAUUUGCAAGGAAGAACCAUCUGAAGAAGUAUAUAAAUUGUUAAAAGAUGUGGUUGAAAGGGGAUUUAAUCCUUGUGCUUUGGAUGUGUCCAAAAUUAUAGGAACUCUUUCUAAUGAGGGGAGAUGGAAGGAAGUGGAGGAUCUUGUGACUGUGCUUGUAGAGAAGGGAUUCAUCCCAGAUUCCUUCUGUUGUUGCUCACUGGUAGAGCAUUACUGCUCAGACAGAAGGAUUGAUUUAGCAGUUACUUUACAUCAUAAGAUAGAGAAACUGGGGAGAUGUUUCGAUGUAACAACUUAUAAUUUACUUCUUAAUGGGCUUUUUGUAGAAAGGAGGAUUGAAGAAGCAACUAGGGUAUUUGACUAUAUGAGACAACACAAUGUGGUGACCACUGACAGUUUUUCAAUUAUGAUCAGGGGACUUUGUCAUGAAAAGGAACUGAGAAAAGCAAUGGUGAUUCACGAUGAAAUGUUGAGGAUGGGGCUGAAACCUGAUAAAGCUACAUACAAGCGUUUGAUAUCUGGGUUUGUGUAAAUAAAUGCUGACAUAUUUAUUGGAAAGGGUUAAAUAUUAGAAUGGUUAUUGAUGUUCUUAUAUUCCCUGUAUCCUACUACCAGAAGCAUUAGAUGGGAUGGAUUUUAGACGCAUCAGAAUAUCAGAUCUCUUGAAUAUCAAAUUUUGAAUUCUUUUAUCUUAUAAAAACUGUAUACUGUUGUAUGGAUAUCUGCAUUUUGGUGGCAUCAACAUGCCAUCAUGCAAUUCCAAUAUAUUUCUGCUAAACCAUUGGAUUUGAUAUGAAGAUCAAAUGUAUUGAUACACCCAAUAUGCACAAACAUGCGUCAUCACUAUUUUGAAACACCUUAAAAUAGGCAUUUUGUUGGUCUGUCAGAAUGAUACAAUAUGGGGCAUAUUGUAUCAAUACUUUGAAACUUGUUUGAUAACUAUUGUAUGGAGAAUUUGCCACCAGUGAGGUUUUAAAUUCAAAGGCAGCUGAGUGGUAAGACAAGUCUGUUGAGUGUAGUAGGACGUGACUGUCACUUCUACAUUGCCUUGCAAGUUCGUGCGGUCUUUCUGUGCUUUUAAGAUAUGUCCUUCACUUCAACUGAGCCAAAUAGGAGUGACCAUCUGAUUUUAGGCUGCCUGCAGCCUAGACCAAGAGUAACUCCUCACCUAAAGGAAUUGUAUUAAGAUGCAAGCAGGGGAUAUUUGCGGAUUGCAGCAGACUCCUCUAUUUACUUCUGCAUAACGUCAAAUCAGAGAAGUAGCCCAUCCUUGAAUUUGUUCAGCUUCUGUUAUAUGUUCAAUGUGAUUUUCUGUAGUUACUUCAAACUUGGCCUGUGAAAGCUUUUAGCUAACAUAGCUAAGUCUUCUGGAUCUUCUCUGAUCUUCUGUAUGCUGGAACAUUUGCAAGGAAAUUACCUGAGCUUAUUUUCAAGAGCAUGGUUCACCUGGAUAACCAGGUUAUUUUCAAGCACAUCCUUUCCAAUCUUUUGAGAGCUCUUCUGACCUUAUGCUUGAUCGUUUCUGGACUACCCUGCAGAUGAGCCUUUUAUUUGUUCAUAUAUUCUUCUGUAAAUGAGUUUUUCCCUUUUCUUGCAUUGGCAUUUCUUUCUUCCUAUGCACUGCUUACAGAAUAGUGUUUCAGUUCUUGUCAGCUUCAAGGAUACGGAAGCUUUAGGUCUAAUGUUUCUGAACUUUUAUCUUUGGGGUCUCUAUGCAUCACAGGUCAGUUUUUCAUGCUUAGUCAUGAAGUGUUAGUUUUAUUUAUUUGGUGGGGUAAUUAGGGAUGGAGAAGGCCAAAUGAGAUUAAGCUUCUCUGGUUCCUGCUGAGUUAAGAAAUUCUCUGAGUGCAGAACUGAUGGCAGUAACACAUGGAUUAAAAUUUGCACAAAUGAAUGGCUGGAAGGUCUUCAUAGUGGAAGGGGAUUGUCAGGUGGUUUUGUCUUAGCUGCAAUCAGGUGGAGUUCCAUGGGCAUAUCAAUUCCCAGUCAGGGAAGCCAAAUCCUUGGGUAAAAUCUUGAACUUUCCAAAGCAGGAAACUCAAGGAAAUCUUGAGAAUGGGGAAUAGUAGUCAGCUUUUUUGCUGUUUUAUUGGUUCUGUUAUUGGUACCCACUUGGGUUAACAUGUAUGACUUUCAUUUACUUUUCACGUGAAUGUAAAUUAUUUUGUUAUUUAUCAAAAAAUAUAGUGCUUUCAUUUAUAGAGUG